CCCCUUGCCGAUUCUGUGGUGAGUCUGACGGUUUUCUUCUGACCGGCAGCGACGCUUGUUUAUCAGCCGCUUUGGAAUUGAAAACUGGCAGUGGGUUUUGUUUCUUGUUUUGCUGGGGUGAAGUAUUUAAAAAGCAAAUUUAAUUCUGAGUGACCCUUUAAAUGGAUCUGGGGUUUUAGGAGCGAGCGAAGUGAGGGCGGAGGUUGUCGGUUGCUAAGGCUCGGGCUGUGUGCAGAUGCUGGCAAACCUGCUGAGUUCUCCAAGAAACAGAAGCAUGUCUUACCGAGAGAAGAAUGUUGCCCACCACAAUGAACUGGCGGUUUUGAGACAAGAGGUGCCUUACUAGGCCGGCUUUUUGAUCCCACAUCCUGCCUUUGACCAUACAGUCUCAACCCGUUUUUCUCUUUUGAACUUGCACCUUGCUAUCUUGAUGCCAACAUACAGGGAUAACCUGAUGAAGAGACAAACAGUCUGCCUUCCCAGCCCAGCGUCCUCGAAUUGAAAUAUGUGGGUUAUUUCAAAAUCUUCUAAAAUUUCAGUAAAAUUAAAAAAGAUACCAAUUAAGACAGCACGCUCUGCAGUUUGAGGAAGUUAUGAUAGGGUUUCAAAUCAUAGCUAACAGUGAGAAAGAAAAUCACCUGGAACAAUGUAUGGAGCACUGAUGGCACUUGAAGAACAUGCAAAGACAUUCGAGAUAAAAUAAUGAAGUAAUAAAGAUGACUUCCAACUUUCAAGCAACAAUCGGCUCCGUUGUGACUACUAUCCGUAAUUCGACUAAGGAAUACUGCUAUAGUGCUCGGAUAAGAAGUACCGUGUUGCAGGGUUUGCCCUUUGGAGGAGUUCCUACAGUUCUUGCACUAGAUUUUAUGUGCUUUUUGGCACUACUGUUUGUGUUCUCCAUUUUGCGAAAGGUAGCUUGGGACUAUGGGCGACUUGCACUAGUUUCCGAUGCUGAAAGUGUGGCUUCAGCGCUGGAUUCAGAAAACCAUGACCGAUACGAACGUCUGACGUCGGUGUCAAGUUCAGUUGACUAUGAUCAGCGAGACAAUGGCUUUUGUUCAUGGCUGACAGCUAUCUUUCGAAUAAAGGAUGAAGAGAUCAGAGAGAAAUGUGGUGAGGAUGCCGUCCAUUACUUGUCCUUCCAGCGUCAUAUCAUCGGACUCCUCGUUGUCAUUGGCGUUCUGUCUGUGGGUAUAGUAUUACCCGUAAACUUCUCAGGAGAUCUGCUUGAAAAUAAUGCAUAUAGCUUUGGCCGGACAACUAUAGCAAACCUGAAUUCUGGGAAUGACCUGCUAUGGCUCCAUACAGCUUUCUCUUUCCUUUAUCUGCUUCUCACGGUCUAUAGUAUGAGGCGACAUACCUCAAAAAUGCACUACCGAGAAGAUGACUUGGUGAAACGCACUUUAUUUAUAACUGGGUUAUCAAAAUAUGCUGAACCAGAGAAAAUAAAACUACAUUUUCAAGAAGCUUACCCAGACUGCACUGUUUACGAAGCGCGGCUCUGCUAUAACGUGGCGAAACUGAUGCGUCUUGAUGCGAACAGGCGAAAAGCUGAGCGUAGUCGAAAUUACUAUUCUAAAGAAGAAACACCAGUUAUGAUAAAUCCUAAACCCUGCGGUCAGCUGUGCUGUUGUGUCAUUAAAGGCUGUGAACAGGAAAAUGCUGUGGAAUAUUACACUAAAUUAGAGCAAAAACUGAAGGAGGACUAUGUGAAAGAAAAGGAAAAAGUGUAUGAGAAACCACUUGGAAUGGCUUUUGUAACCUUUCACAACGAAGUUGCAGCAGCCAGAAUUCUCAGAGACUUCAAUGCCUGCAAGUGUCAGGGCUGUAUAUUCAGCGCAGAACCUCUGCGAUCUUCGUAUAGCGAGUUCCUCCAUACUUCAAAUUGGAGUGUGAGUUAUGCCCCUGAUCCCCACAAUAUUUAUUGGGAGCACUUGUCAUUGAGGGGGAUUUCAUGGUGGCUGCGUUGUUUCGUCAUCAACUGUGUCCUUUUUAUUCUACUCUUCUUUUUGACCACUCCUGCUAUUAUCAUUACGACAAUGGACAAGUUCAAUGUUACAAAGCCUGUUGAAUAUUUAAACAAUCCCAUCAUUACGCAGUUUUUUCCAACACUCCUGCUAUGGUGUUUCUCUGCACUUCUCCCAACCAUUGUUUACUACUCAGGAUUUUUUGAAGCGCAUUGGACAAGAUCAGGGGAAAAUCGAACCACGAUGCACAAAUGCUAUACCUUCCUUAUCUUCAUGGUUUUGAUUCUUCCGUCUCUGGGUCUGAGCAGUCUGGACCUGUUUUUCCGUUGGCUAUUUGACAAGAAAUUUCUGGAAGAAGCUACAGUUCGAUUUGAGUGCGUCUUUCUUCCUGAUAAUGGCGCUUUCUUCGUAAAUUAUGUGAUUGCUUCUGCGUUCAUUGGGAAUGCCAUGGAUCUGCUGCGCAUUCCAGGCCUGUUAAUGUACAUGAUCCGUCUCUCCUUAGCCAAGUCAGCAGCAGAGAGGAAAAACGUCAAACGUCAUCAAGCAUAUGAGUUUCAGUUUGGAGCUGCCUAUGGGUGGAUGAUGUGCGUCUUCACUGUUGUCAUGACCUACAGCAUCACAUGUCCCAUUAUAGUCCCAUUUGGUUUGAUGUACAUGCUUUUGAAGCAUUUGGUGGAUCGCUACAACCUGUACUAUGCCUACCUGCCUGCCAAACUGGAUAAGAAGAUCCACUCGGGAGCAGUGAAUCAGGUGGUGGCGGCUCCAAUCCUUUGUCUGUUAUGUCUGCUUUUCUUCUCUACUGUAAGAACAGGGUUCUUAGCUGCUACGUCCAUGUUUACAUUUGUUGUGCUGGUGGUCACUAUCGUUAUCUGCCUGUCUCAUGUCUGUUUUGGCCACUUCAAAUACCUCAGUGCUCAUAACUAUAAGAUUGAUCGUAGUGAAGUGGACGGUGCUGUUGAAACAAAUGGACAAGGGGAAGGCACUUCAUCCCCACCAAAGGUUACAAGGUACAUUGCCCAGGUACUGCAGGAUCCUCAAUCAGAACCCACGGGAGAUGACAAUGAGCCAGCAGCACAGAAGAACUCCAGGGAGAUGAAUAAUGAAGGAGACUUCCAGUCCUGUGAAGACAGUCUUAUUGAAAAUGAAGUUCAUCAUUAAGGGAAAUUGACAGUUUUUAAAACAUAUUAUUCAGACUGCACAGUUUAGGACCUGGGAACUAUGGCAGCACUAGGUCGUUGAAACUCCAGACUGUAAUUACUAGCCCCUGGUACUGUGUAUACCAGUAUGAUGCAAUUUGCUAAACCUUUCUUGUCUUUGCCUGAUUUGGAGGAACGCAACAGAAGUGGAAUAUGAUGUGGUGUGCGAGAGUUGUAGAGAAAAUAGCUACGCAUUUUUACCUGCCCAACUAUAAACGUUCAGCCAACAUAUACAUUGAUAUUAGUGGUAGGAAAUUUGACUGCAUCGCUAACAUCAUUCCCAGGAAAGCCUUCUGCUGAUCUGCCACCAAAAGUAGGGAACAGACAAGUCAGCCUGAUUAUGUCAGCACACGUAUCAUAACGGGACGAGGGAAGGAGGGAUGGGUGGGUGGUGGGGGGAUGGAUGGAUGAGAGAGGGGAAAGAAGGAAUGAUGUAUGAUAUACUUUACCGUAUGAGACGAAAGAGCAUCAGUGUUACAGAAUCAUGGUGAAAUUAAUCCUUUUCCAAUUCAAAUCAUGUAAGCAUCUAAGGAUGGUAAAAUUGAUCCAGCAUGUUGGAAUAUUUAUAAGUAUACAAUUUAAUUUAAGAGUUUGUAAAGGGAUUAGCAGCAUUGAUCUAUCAGGACCAGUUUAAAUGUGUCCUUGGUGCCAGGUGUCAUCUGUGUGAUGUGUCAGUUUUGUAGGAGGAAGCGAUCUGUAGAAAUCUUGCAUUUUCACAGUGUUGAGAUGUAUGUUUUCUGUAGCACCACUCUGGACGUUUUCUUAUUUAUUUUUUAAAGUGCACAUGUACACAACUGUAGUUGAAAUAUAUAUUUAAAAGAAUGUAAAGUUUUCUGCAGAAAGUAACAGUCCUGGCUGUUGGGUCUGUGGCUUACUAUGUAGUUCAAACAUUUGCUAAUAGGGCUGUUAAAAUGAGCGAUGUGGUACUGUUGACGAUCCCAUGCUGAAAUUGCAGACGAUCUGAUGUUUUUGUACUUUAUUUUUCUUUCCCCUUGAAGUUUUCAGGUGUGCUAUGUAGAGGAUGGGUCACGUUCGUUAUGAGCUCAUUUCCUAUUAAAGAGCCCAUUUCCUGUUAAAGAGCCUGGUGUUUAGGACAGGGGUAGAAGUUGAACUUCUACCUGCGGUCAAAGCAUUUAAAAUUAUUUCAAAACUAUACGUUUAAGAUUUACUGAAGAUCAUACAGCAUUUCUAGUUGACUAUAUAAUAGAUGUUUUUAAAUCUCCGAUUUUGGAUGCAGUAUAGUCAACAGCUGAUCCAUUUCAGAAUCUUAGAAACAAGGAUGCAGGGACCGAAAGGAAAGUUGCCUAUAAAGGACCAGAACUGAAGCUCAAGUCUUGUCAAUUCUCCUCUGUUUCUGCAGUACGUUGCAUGAGAAAGUUGUUUGACAGCACCUUUUCAGAUGUUGAGAAAGAAACUCUGGACAAAGGUGCCUGACAUACUUAAAUUUGUUGAAAUAGAACCAGAGUUAUCUAUUGACUAUAACCACUGCAAGCUCGGGUGCAACCAUAGCUUGUCCUGGCAAGGAUGUCCUCAAUCAAGGCUGAAAGGAUGACAGGGAGCCACUUGCAAAUCACCUUUUUAUUGGCUAUGAUAAAGUUGCAACUAAAGAACAAUCAUGAUUUAAAUAAAUUAUUCCUCUUCCUCCUCCCUCUCCUUGUGUCUGAAAUGAUUGCAGACCCAAAUACAAGAAUAUUUUAACUCUUACCACGCAGCCUGUAAACUGAAUCAUCCAUCUGGUGAUAUUUGGCUGAAUUCUCAGCUUGCUAAAAUUACUACAGACUCCAUCCAAUCUUGAACAGGUUACAGAAAGGUAAAAAUUGAUAUUUAGUCUAUCUGGAUGGGUAAUGAUCCUUUAUGGCAGGAAUUGUAACAUUCCUUUCUAAGCCGGGCCCUAACCCAUUCACUGAUUUGUACUACUUUUCCUUUACUUUUCCUUUCCUUCCUGUCAAAAUGUCAUUUGAAAUUUGAUCUGACAGAAGUGCACAUUAUUGUUGACAAAGUUUGCAUUCUUGAAUUUAUAUUAACUACUGUUUGACCUAUGGGUCUUUUUAAAGUGAGUUGGAUGGAGAGUUAAACCCUAUCCUCCAUUAUAUUCGUGCAAGUUUGUAUAUACUUAGGAUCAAAGAGGGUUUGUCGUCUUUGCUAUGUUCAGAAUUUAUAGAAUAAGUUAUAUGUGAGACAUUAGGAUUUGUUUGUUCCAGCCUCCCUCUUUUUGCAGUUGACUGAAAGAUAGUGGCUCCCAUGAUAACUUCUUGCUGUGCUUUACGUUGAACUUUAGCGAAGUAUGAUCCAAAUUAAAUUCAGAACCCAUAUUAACAAGACCUGGUACUUUGGGACUUCAGUGCACACUGAAUUAAAAUAACAGGCUAAUUUGUUAUCUUUCAUGCCUCUUUCCAUCCCAUUAAACAUUCUUCAGUAUAUUUUUAUUUGGAAAAUAUGGGGCACUCAAAAGCCCAUUUUAUACAAGCCAUUGGAUUUCCAUAUGCUAUUGUCCAUGAGGGAUGUUUGACGGUGCAUUUUCUGGAUCCAGCACAUGUAUUAUGUUUGGAGAAAUUUUUUAAUGCAAUUAUGAGUUCUACUUGAUGGGAGUAACUGAACAUUCAUUUAUCCGAAGUGACUUCACAGAUCUGAGAACUGCUGCCUAGUUGGCAUGACCCGACAUUAAUUAUGUGCUUUCACAGAUGCCUAUAAUGAGAGUACAUCAUGGGUCCACUAUUGCAUUUGAUUGAAAUAAUGUUGUUGGGGUAGGGUUAUAUGUACAUAGCUAAGUGUACUAACAUUCAAGUAUUGUGUAUAUAAUGUAAUUAAUAGAGAUCAGCGAAUUGCUUUACAUCCGUCCUGUGGCACUGGUGAUGUCAUCUGCCGUAAGGUCAUAUACUAUUAAUCGCUCAUACCAUUGAAACAGUCUAUCAAUGUUCUAGAUAUUCACUUUGAACUAGGGGCUUCAUGAUCACAGCAUUCCUUGCAUACUUAACAGCCAAGAGACUGGAGCAGAAAUCUAAGCUACAGAUUUUCCCUUUCCUGAAGGGACCAGUAUAAUCAUCUGCAAUCUGUUUUGUCUGAGAUAACUGGGCAAGCCUAGUAAAAUCAGCAGGCAAGGAACAUGUGGAUAAUCCUGAGAUUGAAGGUAAUACACUAAGGAAUUUUCCUUCAAUUCCAACUAAAAACUUCUCAAUGGGAGACACACCUUGACCUAAUUUAUACUAUGCGUAACUUGGAAAUGCUUAAUGAUGUGUCUGGAUGCAAAAGUCUAAUUCUCCAGUACUGGCAUCUCUUGUCAAUAUAAUUCAUAAUAACAACUAAGGCACAAUGUGAGCUUACUGCUGUUUGCUAGUUGCCAUUUCAACUGUUGCACAUUAUUGUAGAUGAAUUGUUUUCUUAUAAGAAACAUAACUUAGUAUUGCACUUUAUAGAAGGUGUCUGGCUUUUAUGGUCCAGAAAGAAGUAAGUGAUUUCCUGGUUGGCACUGGUCCAUUUUGUGAAUUAAAAUAAUGUUUCCUAUUCCACAAAAAGAAUGAUGAUUCCUUUAUCAAAGUCUGUUCUCUUUUGGUUAGUUUUCAAUACCCAUUUAGCUUCUGACGUGUCCCAUUCCAGUCCAUGAAAUGAAACAAAUAACCAUAUUGCAACCUACAAAAUGCCUGAAAUGUUUUUGAGUAUUUAUCUUUUUUAAAAAAGCUAGGGUUGAACAGGCCAAGCUUUGAGACACCGUAUUUGUUCAGACAUGUAUCUAGUGAAAAUACAUCACUGUACUCCUACUUUUGCAGCACAGUAGCAUAUUUUCAUAUUGAAAACUGUGAUGCAAGCUGUUUAUGGAUUCUGCUGCGCCUUCUAAUCCAUUAUCUUCAUGCAAUGUGCUUUAUAGUUUUUUUUUCUAAUAGACCAAAUAAAACUCUGCCUCAA